AUGGAAGAGCCUGCAGCUCCCAAAGAACCCCACGAGGCAGCUGGGGCCUCUGGGGGUGCUGAGGCAGCGGGGGAGGGCGUCCCCCGGCCGAGCGUCCCGGUGCGCCCAGUCUCCCGGUGGUCUUCGGCUCCAGGCCCGGCCCCCUUCCGCCCGUCACGUCUGAGGCCCGCCCAGGCCUCAUGGGGAGGGGCUAGGCCCAGAUGGCUCCAAGGCCGGAGCAGCGGCAGCUGGACAAAGCAAGUCGUCUGCAGGUAUUAUCUGCAUGGGCUGUGCAAGGAGGGGGAGAACUGCCGAUACUCCCACGACCUCUCGGGCCGGCAGGUGGCCAGCGAAGGCCACGGUUUGUUGCCCCAGGCCUCUGCAGACAGUGGCCCCAGCACGGCUGCGCACAUGGAGCCCCUGCCUCAGGAAGUGGCGGAAGCCCCCCCUGCUGCGUCCUCACGCUCCUUGCCUCUGAUUGGCUCGGCUGCUGAAAGGGGUUUCUUUGAAGCUAAGACAGACAAUGCAGGCCUUGAAGCUGCCGGAGGAGCAGGUGCAGAAGGCUGGGAGGGUGCCUUUGAGUUUGUUCCCGGGCAACCCUACCGGGGCCGCCUGGCCCCUUCUGUCUCCGAGGCUCCUCUGCAGAGCUCGGUGACUGAGAGGGAGCAGAUUGCCUUGGGCAUGGGGAAGCAGCUUUGCCGCGAUGCUAUCGUGGGGCAGUGCUUUCGUGGGCAGAGUUGUAUCUAUCUCCACGGAGAUAUAUGUGAUAUGUGUGGGCUGCAGGUCUUGCACCCUGUGGACGGUGCCCAGAGGGCAGACCAUGUAAAGGCCUGCAUUGAAGCACACGAGAAGAAUAUGGAGCUCUCGUUUGCUGUGCAGCGCAGUGCGGACAAAGUGUGUGGCAUCUGCAUGGAGGUUGUCUAUGAGAAAGCCAACCUGAAUGAUUGCCGCUUUGGCAUUCUCUCCAGCUGCAACCACACCUACUGUCUUAAGUGUAUCCGCAGGUGGAGGAGUGCCAGACAGUUUGGGAGCAGGGUCGUCAAGUCCUGCCCGCAGUGCAGGGUCAUCUCCACCUUUGUCAUUCCCAGUGAAUUCUGGGUGGAGGAGGAGGAAGAGAAGCAGAAACUUAUUCAGCAGUACUUGGAGGCAAUGAGCCACAAGACCUGCAGGUAUUUUGCUCGAGGCAGGGUCUGCCCAUUUGGAGAGAACUGUUUUUACAGACAUGCGUUCCCUGAGGGCCAGGGAGAGGAGCCUCAGAGGCAGGGUGCUGAGGCGUCCAGUACUUGCUGCGGUCAACGUUUCGAGCCUCUGCAGGUGGGAGAGGGCAGCAUGCCCUUUAAAAGCAGUAAAAAAGAGCUUGUCAUGCUUUGGCUGGCCAAUCUGUUGUGUAAGUGUUUUCUUUCACUGGGAGCUAGUGAGCUCCCCUUCACAGAGGCCCUAUGGGACUUGGCGCAUUGUGAGUUGGAAGAAUAUUUCAAUUUGAAUCUGUGGCAUUAUGCUGUGGCAUGUUGUCUGGUGUGCUGA